ACCUACUGUCGAUCCAAUCCGCGCCACCCACCAUAGCAGCGUCCAUCCCUCUUCUAUCUCUUUCUCUCUCCCUCCCUGUCUGUCCGCUCCUCCAGCGAAAUCAUCCAACACAGCCAACAUGUGCCGAUUCCUGGUCUACCGGGGAAGUGACGAGAUUCUCCUCUCCAAGCUUAUCCUUGACCCGACUCACUCCAUAUUGAAGCAAUCAUUCGAUUCUAGACUCAGGUUGGACACUCGAAGAGGUCAGAACAACGCUGAUGGCUUUGGCAUCGGCUUCUAUACCGACUCCAAGUUGGGCCACGCCCCUUGUCUCUUUACAUCGACGAUUCCGGCAUGGAACUGCACCAACCUCCAGAGAAUCGCCUCCAAGACCGCAUCACAACUCAUAUUUGCCCAUGUUCGGGCCACGACCGAGGGAUCGCUGAGCGAAGACAACUGCCAUCCGUUUUGCCACGGCAGUUUAAUGUGGAUGCACAAUGGAGGCCUAGGAGGUUGGAAAUAUAUCAAAAGGAGACUUGGAGAGAGGUUAGCCGACAAGUGGUACCUGGGUGUCCAAGGUGGGACAGACAGUGAAUGGGCGUUUGCCUUGUUCCUCGACACUCUUGAAAGGAUGGGGCUUGACCCUAGCUCACAACCUGCCAACGGGUUCGGUCCUACGGUGUUGAGGAAGACUAUGCUCAAGACCAUAGCCAUCAUCAACGAGCUGAUCGAUGGCAUUCCGGAGAGCACAAUCCAGUCGGAGAACGUCGACACUCGGAGCUUGCUCAAUUUUGCCGUUACGGACGGCAAAAGUGUGAUUUGCACACGCUAUAUCAGCAGCGCGACGGACGAGGCGGCGAGCCUGUACUACUCGUCCGGAACUGAAUGGGGAACGAGGACAUCGGCUGUCAGCGAUCGAAACUACCAAAUGGAACGUCAAGAUAAAGGUGCCGAUAUUGUUCUGGUCGCGAGCGAGCCACUGACUUUUGAAAGAGAAAAUUGGGUGAACGUCCCUACCAACUCAAUUCUAACAAUCCAUAACCAAACCGUCAUGGUUCAUCCGAUUAUUGAUAAGUACUACGAUCGAAGCCCGUACCACGCCAGAUCAAGUGCCUUCGUUCAGACGAAGGGGUUGAUGGCGAAUGAGAAAAUCUCAUCGCUACUCAGCCCAGCGGCAACGGCGUUGCCUAGCCCUGAGACUUCGAAAAGGAACCUUGGUCCAACCAUCCCUCUCGGCAUCUCUCGUAGUCAUACGCCGGAGUCUGGUUUCGGCGUCUCUCGUAACCACACGCCGGAGCCUGGCUUCACCGGUAAGUCGCGGUCACCCAGUCAGCUUCACGAGGUGUCAACGCCGGUGGAUUCAAGAUCGAUCUUGAGCAUUUCGAGCACGCGAAUCAACACACCACGGCCUACGGUGCAGGGAAACAUCAAGGUGAAACGGACUGCGCCAGAGCAAGUUUCUCCUCAUGUCGACAGUGACACUGAGUCACUGGUUCCUGAGGACCAAAGUCAGAGCAGGACAGAAUUUGGACAUCCUAAUAAGCUGUCAAGAUACUUCCCUGAAUUAACCAUGUCCUAGCGGGCGACUCACGACAUAAUUUCCGAUAUUUCCCAGUGUCUGGGCAGCAUACCCGGAUUACUGCCCUUCUUACGGGGUGCAACUUGCAUACCCUCGGUUUGCGUGGGACCUAUCGACUGUAUAGUAUGAUUAACACCGGAGCAUGUAAGCGGGCGUCGUUGUAGAUAUAGCAAUAUGGUGGGCACACGCGCUAGAUAGAAGAACAAAAUAGAAAUGUUAUAGACAUCUUCAACGAGACGGCGAUGCGUGGUUUGGG